AUGCCUGCCCAAGGCUUCAAAGCAAUCGUCGUCGGAGGCGGUCCCGUUGGUCUAUCGGCUGCUCACGCCCUUUCACGCGCCAACAUCGAUUUCGUCCUCCUUGAACGCCGCUCAAGCCCUGUCAUCGACGCUGGCUCCAAUCUCGUGCUCAAUCCUAUGGGUAUUCGUGCACUCGACCAGCUUGGCCUCGGAGAUUCUCUUGAGAAAGUGAGCUCUACUCUCGGUCUAGUCAAGCGCCAAGAUCAUCAAGGUCGCGAUAUCGGAGAUGCGUAUUGGUUCAUCCUUUUCAACAAGCUCUUGGGAACUUUCCCUCGUGUAGUCAGCCGCCAGGACCUCACAAAGAUUCUAUACGAAUCACUGCCAUCGUCAACAAGGGAAAAGAUCCUUACCAACAAGAAGGUCUCCGAAAUCAUCCCCAACGCCACUGGUGUCAAAGUCUCGUGCGUCGAUGGGACAUCCUACGAAGGUUCCAUUGUCAUUGGAACGGAUGGUGCCCACAGCUAUGUCCGCGAAAAGAUGCGCGAACUCGCUAUGAACGACAAUUCCGACCAGGUCAACGAUGAGAAGCCCUUUCUCACUACCUUCCGAGCCCUAUGGCUUCGCAUGCCGACCAAGCUUACAGGUCUCGAAGCUGGCGUCACUUGCGAGACUCAUGGACCUGGCGCUGCUACACAGCUCUUUGCUGGUCAGGAUUCUGCUGUCAUGGGGUUAUAUGAGAAGUUGGAUACGCCCACCCGGGAUCGUGUGAGGUACACUGAGGCUGACCAGGCUGCUCUUGUUGAGCGAUGGGGACACAUUCCUCUUGCGCCUGGAGGGAAACUCACCCUCAAAGAUGCAUUUGCCGCCCGCACACAAUCCGGACUCGUCAGUCUCGAAGAAGGUGUCGUAAACCACUGGAGCUGGGGUGGUCGCGUUGUUCUCGCAGGCGACUCGGCGCACAAGUUCACACCCAGUCUCGGCGCAGGCUGCAACAACGGGCUAAUUGACGUCGUCGCACUGGUCAACCAACUAUAUGCUCUUCGUCAGGAGACACCGUCUCCCACUCACGCGCAACUCGCUUCUGCUUUUCAAGCGUACCAAGAUACACGAAUGACGCCUGUGGUGGAGGCUUGCCGCAGUUCGGGCAACGCAACUGCCAAUGCGACGUGGCAGUCUGGUGUAUUCAAGUUCAUUGACAAGUAUGUCAUGGGUAUCGAAAAGGUUCAGAACAUUCUGAUUGGAAUGGGUGCACCAAAAAUGGCUCAGUCGCCCAGACUGACGUGCAUCGAAGGGCCCGAGAGGGUUAAUGGAACUAUUCCCUGGGCAAAGACCGAGACGAGGGUCUAUUGA